AUGUCUGGCGUUUUUGCACCGGAAUUUUUCUCCAUUGCCCCACCAUUAAUGGAUUUCGAACAUGAACUUAUUUGGUUCAAUUUGACGGAGUCCUUUAAUCAAAAAGUGGAAUAUGACAAGAGCAAUCAUAUUAGUACCAAUGCCAGGGAACUGAUGGAAUUGGCCUUUGUCCAACCGCUGAAUUUGCAGGAUCAAAAACUGUUGUUAAAUGAGCUGAGUAAAAAUCCAUUUUUUGUUUAUCAAAUACGUUUGACGCCCGAUAAGCUUCCACGUUUGGUCGAAAAUAAUCCUAUAAUUUCGAUUGAAAUUCUCCUAAAACUUAUGAAUUCAUCCGAAAUUACAGAAUAUUUUCAUGUCUUGGUCAAUAUGGAUAUUACCCUGCAUUCGAUGGAAGUGGUAAAUCGUUUAACAACAUCGGUAAAUUUACCAACGGAAUUUUUACAUUUAUAUAUAUCGAAUUGUAUAUCGUCAUGUGAAAAUGUCCGUGAUAAAUAUAUGCAGUCUCGUUUGGUUCGGUUGGUGUGUGUUUUCCUGCAGAGUCUGAUACGGAAUAAAAUUAUAAAUGUAAAGGAACUUUUCAUAGAAAUUGAAACAUUUUGUGUGGUAUUCAAUCGCAUCAAGGAGGCAGUGGCAUUGUAUCGUUUACUCAAACAUUUGGAAAUGGGUGAAUUACAAAAUACAACCUCGUCGAGUGGUAGUGGUGGUAAUAAUGGUGGUGGUUCCAACACCUCCUCCUCAUCGUCCUCCAAUAAAAGUGAAAAGAAUUCAUCAAGUAAAUAA